ACACAGGUGAGUUCAAUUAAAGGUUGAUCAAGCCCUGCCGCCGUUUGACACCAGAGAAGUCAGCAGGACACAUGAGUUUCACGUGUCUAAACGCCGAAAAUAUUUCAAAAUGAGUGAUAAAGAACACCAACAAAAUUCACAGGAGUCUGACAAGCCAACCCAGCCUGAGUGGCCUGAAAAUGGAGGGAAGUGGAGUGACACAGAGGAAGACCCAAACAUGGACUGUCAGCUCCAAGCCAUGGCUGAAGAGGAUGAGGAGAUCAACAUCUAUAAUGAUGAAACAUUUGGGAUGGAAAUGGACACACCAGAUGCAGAAGAUGCCAGUCUCCUUCAGUUUGCUCCUCCACCACCAGCACCUCCUUCUUUGGACAAUAAAGUUCCACCUCUGCCCUGCUCCCCAUCCCCCCCAAUAAGACAGGUGUCCCGAACCCCUCCGGGACGAUGCAACAGAGGCAGGGGUCUACAAGGCACGUUGGGCAGGGGGCAGAUGUUUGAAGACCCUGCUGUGAUGAGGAUGGUAGAGGGAAGGCCUAGUAUCAAGACUUUGGACAGUGCUAUUGUGGACUGUGGAAGUACAUUAUACCGAAAACCCUUUGAAGAAAAUUGGAUGGGUCCAACCCACAAGAAGACACAGAAAACAUCACAGUCAAUACUUGAGGACAGUGCAAUAGUUUGUGUGAUUAAUGGUCACAGAGGCAGGGGUCAAAAUCUGAACUGUGACUUUAUAGACCUGCCUCCUCCGGUCCCAUUCUUCAGGGGCAGGAGAGGAGAGCCCAGAGGGUCCUUCGCAAGGAGACAAUUCAGCCAAAGAGAACCAUCUCAGAUUCCUCCACCCAUGUUACCGGGAUCACCCAUAUUCCCACGCCAGCCUCUGACCCCAAGACAACAUUUCAAUCAGACAAAUCGUUUUAUAUUUCCUUCAAACCGUCCAUGUCCCUCUACUCCAAAGAUGAUGCAGCUUCGCUUUGGAGCAAAUUCACCAAGACCCUCACCAUUUUACAGCCCAUCAUCUAACCCAGUGCAGCGGUUCAGGUACCCUGAUCCUGUGACCCAGCUUCAUCCUCACCAUAAACGGCAGUUGGUUCAAAAGCAGCGCAUGUUCCAGAGAAAAUCAGAAGGCUGGGACCCUUGGUGUAACUUAAUGACGGCAAAAGAAAAGGAGUGGAUCACUCGACUACAGAUGAUACAGCUGCAGAGUGAGAAUCCCUAUCUGGAGGAUUACUAUUAUCAAGAAUAUUAUCGGCGCCUGGAAGCCAAGCUUGCAGAGGAGGAGCUGGGGAUCAGGGGGAAAAAGGAGCCCCCCAAACUCACCACUCCUUACAUCACCAAGACUGAUGCGUAUACACCAGUGGUGCAUAUUGAAGGCUCUUUGGGUCAAGUGGCUGUAUCCACGUGUUACUCUCCUCGGCGGGCCAUUAGUGCAGUACACGCUCAACCAGCAUAUGGUCAACAUGAGGAACACAAAGACACCAGGCAACAGCGGCUUGAACUCCUUAGUAAAAUAGAAAAGUUGUUCAUCGUGCUGCUGGAGGUGGAAGAGACGGAGAGGACAAAGACCAAGGUCCUGUCUGACACUGAAGAGAGACGAUUGAUGGAGAAGACUCAGAGGAAAGUGGAUCACAUAUGGUUUCAGAUGCAGCACCAUGACCCGCUAAAUUCAACAGGGGAAUUUCUACCUUUCCUACUCCUUUCAAAGGGAAAGAAGCUAAUAGCUCGCCUUUUACCGUUCCUGAAGCGUGAUUUGUCAUUAAAAAUCCUGCGGAUUGUGACUUGUAACCUGCCUACUCUAAUGAACAGAGACUCUGAAGAGUCUCUCCCAGUGCUCUACCCUCCUUUUCGAAAUGUGAUCGGAGGCCUGACCUUCAGUCAGUUGAUCGGGAUCCUCAGAGAUCUGACAUCUUCAGAGGCUAUGUCUGCAUAUGAGUGUCUCGCUCUGACCUGUCAGAACAAGUUUGGUUUGUCCUUGCUGUAUGCACUACUGUCACAAGGAGAAAAGUUGCUGUCCUCAGGUGUUCCUCUUGAGCCUAGUAUUGGUGACUUUGAGGCCUGGACUGAUACAAUUUACCAGGUGGCUGGUCAGCUCUCCCAGUGUUCUUUGGUUGAGCCUCUGCUCCUGCCUUCAAACUUGCUCACACUCUUUUGCCGUUACCUGGACAAGCGCACAGUGUACCAGCUCAAAAGCAACAUGGAGUCUGCGACAGGAUGUCUAGCUCUUCCGUCUUAAGGUGAACAAUAAAAUGUGCUUCCCCUGGUUAUGGUGAGGACUGUUGAGCAGAGCAUCAUCAUUAUGUUAAUGUUAACAUUGUCUGUAAAAAGCUCUAAUGCAUAUUAACUUAAUCUUACUGACUUUUUUUCCACUUUGAGUUGUCCCCCAUUCCUUAACCCUUCACUUUUUGAUCACUUUAACUGUUUCCAUUUUAUUUUCUUAUACUUUGUUUUACCUUCCUCUCUUGCGUCUCCAGUAGGUUACCUACCGCAAAUGUGAUUCCUUGAAAAACAGUAGUCAGGCAGCACAAGGUGCAAAUUUGCUAGUACUGCACUACCAUUGUAAAUUAACUAAACAUUUAUGUAAAUACCACUCGCAUUUAGAUUACAAUUUGAAGGUUCUGCUUAUUGAUAAACAGUAGCUUGGCUUUUGGUGACCAGAUUGAGGAUUGUUUUGUAACAUGAUUGUACAGCUGUAUCUAUUUGUUCAUUAUGAGGACCGCACAUAACGGCUAUGAAGUUUUGGGUUUUUGUAAAAGGAUAAUGUGUACAUUUUGUAAUACUAAAUGUGUAUUUUGAAAUCUUAAAUGUUUAAGUUGUAAAGAUUUUUAUUUAAUUUGGAAACAGCUUAUUUAAAUUGCACAAUUGUAGAUCACUUGCAAUAUAAAUAAAAGUCUUUAAAUACUCUGAAGCAAA